AUGGCUGACAGAUACUCGUUUUCCCUUACGACAUUUUCCCCUCAAGGGAAAUUGGUCCAGAUUGAAUAUGCCCUCAAUGCGGUAAAGCAAGGUGUAACCACCAUUGGCAUCAAGUCUGCCUCGGGCGUGGUGCUUGCUACAGAGAGAAAGUCCAAUUCGAAUCUUUUAAAGAACGACUGUAACAGCAAAGUCGAGUUGAUUACUCCAGACAUCGCCAUGACUUACUCCGGCAUGGGACCCGACUUCAGGGUGCUAGUAGACAGAGCACGAAAAUUGGCCCACACAAACUACAAGCGUAUAUACAACGAGUAUCCUCCGGUCAGAAUAAUGGUUCAGGAACUCGCCAAGGUGAUGCAAGAGUCAACGCAAAGUGGAGGUAUCAGACCUUUUGGUGUAUCGCUUUUAGUGGGUGGGUAUGACCACCACCUGGGCAACUUUCAGCUAUACCAAGUGGACCCUUCUGGUAGUUAUUUCCCAUGGAAGGCCACAGCUAUCGGCAAGACGGCUGUUUCGGCCAAGACCUUUUUGGAAAAGCGUUGGAAUGAGGACUUGGAGUUGGAGGACGUGAUCCACGUUGCUCUCUUAGCAUUAAAGGAGUCAGUGGAUGGAGAAUUGGUUGGUGAGAACUUGGAUAUCACUGUGGUGAGUGAUCCUCAGGACCAUUUGUUGGGGUUCAAGGGUACUGACAUCGAGGGUCCCAGAGUGAAGAAGUUACUGGCUGAAGAGAUAAACGAUAGGCUUGACGCUUUGUAA